UACAUAGCGUAUCUUGGAUCCCUUCGUGAAGGGGAAUCCUCACCAUUGUCCCAACACCUUAGCAUUCUUGAAACUGCUCUUGAUGGAAGUUCUUCAAAAGACUCCUUGUUAAGAAGCUAUAAAAGGAGUUUCAAUGGAUUUGCAGCUCAGCUCACGGAAAAACAAAGAGAAAGAGUGGCUAGCAUGGAGGGAGUGGUGUCUAUUUUCCCAAAUAGACUUCUCCAACUUCACACAACAAGGUCUUGGGAAUUCAUGGGAUUGUCUGAAACCGUUAAACGGAAUCCCACUGUUGAGAGUGAUACUAUUAUAGGUGUUAUUGACUCUGGAAUCUGGCCUGAAUCACAAAGCUUUAGUGAUGAAGGUUUUAGUUCAAUUCCAAAAAAAUGGAAAGGUGUUUGUCAAGGCGGCAAAAAUUUCACUUGCAACAAGAAGGUAAUUGGAGCUCGAACAUACAUUUAUGAUGAUUCUGCAAGGGACCCUAUCGGUCAUGGAACCCACACAGCCUCCACAGCAGCUGGCAACAAAGUAGAAGAUGUGAGCUUUUUUGAGCUGGCACAAGGAAAUGCAAGAGGAGGGGUUCCUUCUGCAAGAAUAGCUGUGUACAAAGUUUGUUCUGAAUACGGAUGCCAGAGUGCAGAUAUCUUGGCUGCCUUCGACGAUGCCAUUUCUGAUGGGGUUGACAUCAUUACCGUAUCAUUAGGACCCGCUUCUGGAGCCACUCCUUUGGAUGCAGACCCCAUAGCAAUUGGUGCUUUUCAUGCUAUGGUGAAAGGUAUUUUAACAUUGAAUUCUGCAGGAAAUAGUGGUCCAUCAUCAGGUUCAGUCGGAAGCGUUGCUCCAUGGAUGGUCAGUGUAGCUGCAAGCACCACUGACCGUGCAUUUGUUACCAAGGUUGUUCUUGGGGAUGGAAAAAUAAUAAAUGGUCGUUCAAUUAAUACUUUUGCGUUGAAUGGAACCAAGUUUCCCCUUGUAUAUGGGAAAGUUCUUCCAAAUUCUAGUGUUUGUCAUAACAAUCCUGCCCUGGAUUGUGAUGUACCCUGUCUACAGAAAAUUAUAGCAAACGGAAAUAUUUUACUGUGUAGAAGCCCUGUAGUAAAUGUGGCUCUAGGUUUUGGAGCCCGUGGCGUAAUCAGACGAGAAGACGGUCGUUCUAUAUUCCCCUUGCCUGUAUCAGACUUAGGGGAACGAGAAUUUGCAAUGGUUGAGGCCUACGCCAAUUCCACCGAAAAAGCAGAAGCGGACAUAUUGAAAAGUGAGUCCAUCAAAGAUCUUUCUGCGCCCAUGCUGGCUUCAUUUUCAUCACGAGGGCCAAGCAAUAUCAUAGCUGAGAUUAUAAAGCCAGAUAUAAGUGCUCCCGGAGUAAAUAUCUUGGCGGCAUUUUCCCCAAUUGUUCCAAUUAUGAAGUACGACAAGAGGAGAGCUAAAUACAGUAUGCUAUCAGGAACGUCCAUGUCUUGCCCCCAUGCUGCUGGAGCUGCUGCUUACGUUAAGACUUUCCACCCAGACUGGUCUCCUUCCGCCAUCCGAUCUGCUCUUAUGACUACUGCCUGGCCCAUGAAUGCUACUGCAAAUCCAGCUGCUGAAUUUGGCUAUGGAUCUGGGCAUAUUAAUCCAGCGCAAGCCAUAGAUCCUGGUCUGGUUUAUGAAGCCUUUAAGGAUGACUACACAAAGAUGAUGUGCGGAAUGGGCUAUGACACAAGGACAGUAAGGCUCAUAUCAGGUGACAACACUACCACUUGUACUACAGGUGUUACUGAAGGUGCCGUAAAGGAUCUCAACUAUCCUUCCAUGGCAUCUCCAGCUGACCAACACAAGCCUUUUAACAUUAGUUUUCUGAGAACAGUUACCAAUGUUGGCCAGGCCAAUUCUACUUACCAAGCAAAGAUCACUGCAGAUCCUCUCAUGAAAGUCCAAGUAAAUCCUAACGUUCUCUCCUUCACCUCAUUAAAUGAGAAAAAAUCUUUAGUGGUAACGGUUUCAGGAGAAGCAUUGGAUAAACAACCAAAGGUAUCUGCAUCGCUGGUGUGGACCGAUGGCACUCAUAGUGUGAGGAGUCCCAUUGUUAUCUACCAACUUUCCUCAACAUGA